AUGACCUCCCGCGAAGAAACCGUCCUACCUCCCAUUGAUACCUCCAUCGGCGACGAGAAUGAGUGGCCCGAGUUCGAGCUCACCGAUGCGAAGGUCUUGCGACCAGGGAAGAUGCUUUACGCGAACCUGCUGGAGGCAUCUGAGCAGACCCCAGUUCAAGUCAUUGGCUGUCUAGAGCUCAAGAAGGGUCAAGAACAACUACUACUCGAUCCCAAGAAUCUCAACCCUCGCGUCAUACUUGAUAAUGUCACACAUUAUGCCUACGGUCAGAUGGAAGAUCGAAGUGUUGAGCUGUGGGCUGCUGGUAAGUCGGGUUGGUACAAGGUCUCACCAGCCAAGCGAUACCUACCGCAUUUCAAUCGCAUCGUCCAGGCAGUCGACGCCUUUUAUUUCUUGAUGGAUAAACACCAGCAUGGCAGGAAACAACUCAAUCCAACCUUCAAGAGUCUCUGCGAGCAGUAUGUCUUUCACACACAUGGUGCUUGUGAAACAGCGGUGGAAUCAGCAGACGUGUUUAUGGGACAUUCUUCUUUUCUACUCCGCUGUAUGAUCGAAGAAGAUGACGAUGGCGAUGUGGAAUGGACCAAGACCAACAUCUUCCUGCAUCUCCGCAGGCAGUUUAAGCAGGAUGAAUACGAAUCCCUUGUAGAUCUUCAUUCUCCUAGGAAGACAGAUAUGAACAAUCUCUCGGAAGAACCUCAAGCGUCAACUCCGCGCCACGAACCCACUGCGAUUGCGAAAUCACAAGCAAAUGUCGUGUAUCAGCUGAUUAUGGAACUCAAGGAUGAGGGUCACCUGGCGAAGCGUCGACUUCACAUUGAUCUUCUGACAGAACGCCUGUCAGAGAAAUACUCUUUCAGCGAAGAGAAUGCUCGCAAGAUCGUCGCGGCGAGAGCAAAUGCUGUGCUAGAGAUGUUAGACGAAAACGACACGCCUAGCUUUAAAUGGUCACGAUACGUAAUCCAUCGAGAGCUUGUGAAUGCUGCCUCACAAAACGUCACUUUACCGCCAGGCCUUCUCACGCCCUUACAAUUGGCCGAUGACUCCAGCGACGACGAACAUCUAAUAAGGACCCAAAAGUCCGUUCUCCGUCCGAAGGGGAAUUCUUCCGUCUCUGGGAAAAUCAUGGGCAAACGUAAUCGCAAUGCCAAUGCAUAUCAACAGAACACCCAGUCUGGCAUCGAAGCUGAUGCUGAUGCCGGCAGCGAAGACGAAGAAGAGGAUGAAGUUAUGGAAGACGUCGAGACCCCGAGUAAGGUUCGGGGCCACGAGCUGAUCCGAACACCUCUGGCAUCUGCCAAAGCUCAAGAUCGCUCAUUCCUCGGCAAUCCUCAAUCCGCAGCCGCAUCCCUUCUCAAGAGUGUUCUUUCCGCAGAUGUACCAAAGACAUCAUCUGCGCUUGCAUCCAAAGCAACAAAUGGAAGGUUGAGCUUUGGCAUUGGCCGACCCCCGAGCGGUGAAACGAAUGGCCUGGUCGAGCCUGAAACAUGGACAUGCCGUAUCACUGGAUGUUCUAAGACUAUUACCAGCAAAGGGGAAGAGCGCAAGCAAGAGAUCUCCGAUCAUGGUGGGGAGCAUGAUUGGGAUUUCCAGAUGCAAGUUGAAUUGGUCGAAGCAGAGCGCCGCCUGCAACCAAAUCACCCUGUCAGCAAUAUGAUGCAGUAUCUGCUCAACCAACACAACCAACAGAUGCGUGCGGCGUUCCCAGAAAUCUACCCACAAGAGGUAGUAGUGAAUGAAACGGCCGACCAAUCUGACACCACCUCCAUCGAUGAGGAGCAUAUCCCCGAGCCAGAGCCAAACCACGACCUGUCUGCUGAAUUAGACCUGAGUGUAAAUGGACAUACAACCUGA